GGGUGAGAAAAGAUAACAUACUUAGAAUCCAGACUCAUGAGCCCCUCACUAGGAACAGCGCCCCUUAAUUAUAAGCCCCUGGGACACAUCAGGCAGUACAAGAGGACGUGGUAGGAAUAUAAUCUGCUCUACCUACCCCAUGGGUAUGAAGCAGACAACAAAAACAUUAACUCCAAGCUGGAUGUUGUGGCAGGAACUAUAAUCACAGCACUAGGAAGGCUCUGGUCGGAGGACUUAUCAGUUCAAGGCCAACCGAAAUACAUAAAAGCUCAAAAAAGCAACAAUUAUAACAACAACAAAAACUGAGAUUCAUAUCAACAUUCCAAAAAGCAACAACAAAAUCUCAGGACUAUUUGAGUUUCUUAUUUUGUGAGUAAAAACACUCCAAAGAAAGUGAAUACUAGACGAUCCUAUCUUAAAAAAUAAUUAGAACUCCAGAAGCUGAAGCUGCUAUACAGCUGCACAUUCAAUUGCGGGCGUUUUGUGCUUGUAGUCUUGAGGUGGAGAAAACUUGCUAGCCACGGUAAGGGAGGGGAAGUUAUGGAUUUAAUCAAGCAAAUGAAAAAAAAAACCUGAAAACUAAAAACGGCUCCACAAAGAAAAUAAUGACGUGUAUAACAAAAAAUUAUGCUUGGCUAGGAGGUCGUGGCUCACACCUUUAAUCCCAGACUCGGAAGGCAGAGGCAGGCAGAUCUCUAUAAAUUUGAAGGCAGCCUGGUCUACAGAGUGAGUUUCAGGGCAGCCAGGAGAGAAAUUUUGUCUCGAAAAAGAAGCAAACAAACAAAAAGCACAAACAACCACAAAAAAGUGCUUAAACUAACCACUGUAAAAAAAAAAAAAACAAAAAAACUACACGGUUGAAAAGGCAAAAAUGCUAAGGACCCAGGCUCAAUUCCCAGCACUCAUAAAGUGGCUCACAACUGCCUGUAACUCCUGUUCUAGGGAACCUGAUGCCUUCUUCUGACCUCCACGGGACGAGGCGCAUAAAUGGAGAACAGACAUAAAUACAAGUAAAACAUCCAUAGAAUAAAAAUAAAGAUAUGCAAUUAAAAAAAGGCCAAAAACUGUCUCCGCUGGAAUGAGAGCCUCCAACAAACCAAAGAUGUCCAAAGAGAAGCCCGUCUUCAGGGCCUUCCCCCUUCGCCGACCCCAGAAGAGCUGAAAAAACGGCUCGGCUCAGGCCUUCGGUUUCCAGGCCCAGAACGACCUAACCGGACGUCUAGGAAGCCGACGCUGCCGCGAUCCGUAGCUGUAUCGAACCGGAAGGGGAGGAGUUCAACGGAAGUUGUUCACCGAGCCCGAAAUAAGAACGGACCGCCGGAAGCCGCAGGUACUAGAGGCCCGAGUCGCUAGCGUUGAGCUCUCGGAGGCGGAGGGAGGAGCGUACAACAUGGCCGGGCUGGAGCUGCUCUCCGAUCAGGGUUACCGGAUAGACGGUCGGCGCGCCGGGGAGCUGCGCAAGAUCCAAGCGCGUAUGGGUGUGUUUGCGCAGGCUGACGGCUCGGCUUACAUCGAACAGGGCAAUACCAAGGCGUUGGCGGUAGUCUACGGACCUCACGAGAUCCGAGGCUCCCGGUCUCGAGCCUUGCCUGACCGGGCCCUAGUGAACUGUCAGUAUAGUUCAGCAACCUUCAGCACAGGUGAGCGCAAGCGAAGGCCCCAUGGGGACCGGAAGUCUUGUGAGAUGGGGCUGCAAUUACGCCAGACCUUCGAGGCAGCCAUCCUCACACAGCUGCACCCACGCUCUCAGAUUGACAUCUAUGUGCAGGUGUUGCAAGCAGAUGGUGGAACCUAUGCAGCAUGCGUGAAUGCAGCUACGCUAGCAGUGAUGGAUGCUGGGAUACCCAUGCGGGACUUUGUAUGUGCCUGUUCAGCUGGCUUUGUUGAUGGCACAGCCCUAGCGGACCUCAGCCACGUGGAGGAAGCAGCUGGAGGGCCCCAGCUAGCCCUGGCCCUGCUGCCAGCCUCGGGCCAGAUUGCACUACUUGAGAUGGAUUCGAGGCUACAUGAAGACCACUUGGAACAAGUGCUGGAGGCUGCUGCCCAGGCAGCCCGAGACGUGCACACUCUGCUGGAUCGUGUAGUCCGGCAGCAUGUGCAGGAGGCCUCUAUCUUACUGGGGGACUGAGUGCCAACAACCCCAUCCAGAAUAAAAGCCUGUUCUUCUGC